ACAUAACUUGAAAAACUCUCAAACUUCACUUUCUCUUUUUCUCCGUAUUCUCUUUUCAAAACCCUAACAAACUCAAUCAACAAUGGCGAUCAUCUCCGAUUACCAAGACGAUAACCAAACCAAAACUUCAUCAUCAUCAUCUUCCCAACCAAAACCUUCAAAACCUAUUCCCUUCUCUUCCACCUUUGAUCCUUCAAACCCAACCACUUUUCUUGAAAAGGUAUUCGACUUCAUCGCUAAGGAAAGCACCAAUUUCUUCGAUAAGGAUUCCGCCGAGAAGGUGGUUUUGUCUGCUGUUCGCGCUGCUAGGGUUAAGAAAGCUAAGUCUGUUGCUGCGGAGAAGGCUAAGAUUGCUGCUAAGGAGAAAGCAAAGGCUGCUGCUGAGAAAAAAUUGAACGAUGAGAAGUCCGAGGCGGUGACCGAGAAGAUUGAUGAGAAGGCUGCACCAAAUCAGGGUAAUGGUAUGGAUUUGGAGAAGUAUUCCUGGACUCAAACUUUGCAAGAGCUGAAUGUGAAUGUUCCAGUGCCAAAUGGAACAAAAUCAGGGUUUGUCAUCUGUGAGAUUAAGAAGAACCAUCUAAAAGUUGGACUCAAAGGGCAGCCACCAAUUAUUGAUAGGGAGCUAUAUAAAUCUAUCAAGCCUGAUGAAUGUUAUUGGAGCAUAGAGGAUCAGAAUACAGUUUCUAUUCUUUUAACCAAGCAUGAUCAAAUGGACUGGUGGAAAUGUCUUGUUAAGGGUGAUCCUGAAAUUAACACCCAAAAAGUUGAACCUGCAAGCAGCAAACUUGGUGACCUGGAUUCUGAGACUCGAAUGACCGUUGAAAAGAUGAUGUUUGAUCAGAGGCAAAAGUCUAUGGGCCUUCCUACAAGCGAGGAGCUUCAGAAAGAGGAAAUGAUGAAGAAAUUUAUGAGCCAGCAUCCUAACAUGGACUUCUCGGGUGCAAAGUUUUAGUAGAACGGUGCUAUGAUUUUGUCAUGCUCUUUUUUGAUUUACUACAUACACAAGCUAUCUUCAACGUUGGUGCUGAAAAUACUUCAUAUAUAUCUUUUGAAAUACCUAUUGGGAUAAUCUUUUGUGUACAUGUUUCGACAUAGUUGUAGACUUCUAGUACCAUCCUGGUUUAUGUUAGGUGAAAUCACAUUGCGUUGAAAGUAUUUUAGUUUUAUAUCAUGCUUUGAGUAACAGUAGAAAAAGUUUCCAUUGAAUCAAA